AGUCCCGGGGUCUGGCACGUCAUUUCCUGUCUACGAGGGGAGUGCAACGGCUGAGUUUCCCCUGCGCUCCGCGGAUAUCGCAUCAUGAAAGAGGUGAAGAGUGAGCGGGAGCGGGGGAGCCGGCGCAGGCACCGGGACGAGGACGCGGUGGCGACGGCGACGGUGGUGGUGAAGCAAGAGCGCCUCAGCCCCGAGGCCGAGACGUCCGGCGAGCCGGGCAGCCCUGGUCACCGCGGGAACCGAGCGCAGAGACGUAGCCGAUCCCCAGCCAAAAAGAAAAAGUCCUCAGGGAGAAGAAGCAAGUCUCCUCGGAGUAACAGAAGCCGAAGUCCUCACCACUCGACAGUCAAAGUGAAGCAGGAGCGUGAAGAUCAUCCACCCCGGAGAGAACGGGAAGAUCGGCAGCACCGGGAAGCAUCAGAACAGGAGCACAGGCGAGCGAGGAAUAGUGACCGAGGCAGGCACAGGGGCCACUCCCACCAGAGGAGAACAUCUAAUGAGAGACCUGGGAGUGGGCCGGCUCAGGGGCGUGAUCGUGAUCGAGACCUUCAGAACCUGCCGGCUCAGGAAGCAGAGCGGGAGUUUUAUAAUGCCCGAAGGCGGGAGCAUCGCCAAAAGAAUGAAGUCAGUACCAGCGGUAAUGAGUCUCAGGAGUUGGUUCCUCCACCUGGUGGCAACAACAAAAACAAAGAGGUGCCCGUCAAGGAAAAGCCAAGCUUUGAACUUUCUGGGGCACUUCUUGAGGACACGAACACCUUCCGAGGUGUAGUCAUUAAAUAUAGCGAGCCCCCCGAAGCACGUAUCCCUAAAAAACGGUGGCGUCUCUACCCAUUUAAAAAUGAUGAGGUGCUUCCGAUCAUGUACAUUCAUCGACAAAGCGCUUACCUCCUGGGGCGACACCGCCGUAUUGCAGACAUUCCAAUCGAUCAUCCCUCUUGUUCAAAGCAGCACGCGGUCUUUCAGUAUAGGCUUGUGGAAUACACCCGUGCUGAUGGGACAGUUGGCCGCAGGGUGAAGCCCCACAUCAUUGACCUUGGUUCAGGCAAUGGAACAUUCUUGAAUAACAAGCGCAUUGAGCCACAGAGAUACUACGAACUGAAGGAAAAAGAUGUACUUAAAUUUGGGUUCAGCAGCAGAGAGUAUGUUCUGCUGCAUGAGUCCUCUGACACCUCUGAAGUAGACAGGAAAGAAGAUGAGGAUGAAGAGGAGGAGGAAGAAGUAUCUGACAGCUAGCAAACUAAUAAACAACCCAAACUCUUGAGAGACCUUUCCUUUCUGCGAAGGCUUUGUGAUUGACUCGAGCACCGUGGCGCUCUUUGUAAUGCCUCUUAUUGCCUUAAGUCUCUCUUCGGUUGCUGACCAGCUUAUGUUAUAAUGUAAGAAAACUGACUUGUGUUUGAACUUUUUUCUGUGGCACAUUAGCCACUUGCCUGUGGGCAUAUGUUUUCAGAACAGUCUCACCAACACAUUGUGUUCUCGUAGAAGCAUUGUGGCUUUAGUUGGUGCUUUCAGAACUGCUGCCUCGGAAACUAUAAACCCUUGUCUAAAGGGGAAUUGUGGCUUGUUCUCUUUGUACAGUUACUUUAUUUAUAGGCUGUGUGGACUGGGUUUGUUUUGUCUUUGUUCCUGGGGCAAAUCCCUUAACAGAAUCUUUCUAAGCUUUGGUUAUCACCAAAACAGCCUCCUGUAUAUACCAAAGCUUUGACCUGGUUGAGCUCUUGAGUCACAGAAGUUGAUUUUGCACUUCUUUUUUUGGGGGGGGGGGGAUGGGAAUUUACCACAUGACCUCAUUAUUGACUGUUGGACUUAAACAGAUGCUUUAAGAGCCUGCUUAAGCAUUUGACUGUACAGGAAGAUCAUGACUACUGCCAGUGGGGGCCGGUUUAAUGUCACGAGAGGCUGAGACGCAUCGAGGAUCUGUUUCCUGUGAGAGAAUUCUCGUUUCUCCAUGGAGCGUGUACAUAACAAUUUUGACCAUCUUAUCUGUUCUUCAACUUUGCAUUUUUAUUCAAAUGUUAUCUCUUUCUCUUUUGAGAAACACACUAUUAUUUAUGUGGCAGGGUCCUUGCUUUCUUCUAGCAACAUGUGUACAUGUCUAAAGGAGGUUGUGUAGUUUACAUGUUUCAUCUUUUUAAAAACAUCUAGAGAGGUUGUAUUUACCUUCCCAAGGCUGGAAAGCAUGGGAAUUUCCUAAUUUUCCACUAAAGGAAUCUGUGUAAGUAGAUAAUUCAUAACUACUUACAUAUAUAUAGUGUGAAUAUAUAUCUAAUUGUGUAUGAAAGAGCUGCAACUGAUUUUCAUAUGAGGAUGUUUUGUGAUGUAAAUGUAAUGCUACAUUAUAGGUAAAGUCUCCCUGCAUUUGAAGAGCAGGUUUUCAUUUAUAUGUAUUUUUGGGAUAAAAAAUAAUAAAAUUUGUAAAUAUAGCCCCAUAUCUUGGCAAGUGAGUGUUGGUCCUUGUUGAAGCAGCAGUGCUUUCUGUAUUGGCAGUUAAGGGGUUUUCUUUCUCAGAAUAGAGUUGGGGCAGGUUAUAUGUAGUGGGCCUUUUACCAGUUUAUCCCUGCCCUCACUAAUUCACCCUCAGGUGGUGAUGGGUGUGGGAUGGAGAGAAAGGAGAGAUCAUACAACUCAAUCAUUGCUGCUGCUAACUAUUCCUCUUGGGUUGAAACUUACGAUACUAUUAGAUUGUCUUUAUAUUGUUUUUCCAUUAAGGUCUCACCCAUGUGUACUCGGGGGAGCAGCUGACUAAUGUUUACUCAAAAGAAAUGAAAAGAUCCUCUUUGAAGAGUGAACACUUAAGAAAGAAGAUACGACGUUAAUCAAAGGGUGACACACUCACCAUGCCAGCAGUGCCUGCUUGUGAGCCCACAAUGUUCCUGGACAUGUGAGUUUAUAUGAACUGAAAGGGCUACUUGAUUUAAAUUAAAGCUUUGGAAUUGAAAGCUUCA